GUCCCUGCCCCGGCUCUGCCUCCCUUCCCCCCUCGCUCCCUCCCCGCUCCGGCCGGCGCCGGGAGCCGCGGACCCAGAGCUCGGUCGGCUGCAGAGCGGCCGCGCCACCCCCGGGAGCAUGCAGAAGUAGCGGCGCCGGCUCCGCCGCCCGCCAGCGGGUUUGACUGAUGUGUGUCGAAAAUGGAAGCUUAUUUUUAUUCAAGACUGUUAUCAAAAACAGGGGGAAAUAAAAGAAUGAGUAGUUCAAAGUUCCAAUGGUUGUCAUCGAUUAUUUUUUUAUAUUUAGUGAACCAAGCGCAUGGACAGAGUAGAGGAGUUCCUCAUGAUUUAAAUUGUAUAACCCAUAACUUAAAGGUAUGGGACUGUUCCUGGGAAGCCUUGCCUACAAUAAACCAUGGUACUUAUGAAAUUUGUGUUAUAAACAGUUCUUAUCCCUGUAUUCGGACAGAAAAAACACAUUUUGAGAUUCCAGCUCUUACCUUUGCUGAUCAUGAGAUAAAAAUAAAUUCGAUUCAUGUUUCUGGGAAUUCUGUUAUUAAAUUUAUCCUAAAUGAAAGAAAUGUUUCUUUAGUUCCAGCUACAUUACAGGAUUUUAAUUUGACAGCUGAUUUUUCAACCUCUACAUUGUACCUGAAGUGGAAUGACAAUGGUUCUGUUUUUCCCUCUCACUCAAGUGUCAUCUGGGAAAUUAUUGUUCAAUAUAAAGAAAAAAUGGAAGUUGCCACAGUAGCAACACUUAAUACAACUCUGAUUGGUAAGGAUUCAGUUCAUCAUUGGAAUUGGACCUCAGAUAUCCCUUUGGAAUGUACUCCACAUUAUGUGAAAAUUAGAUAUUACAUUGAUGAACUUCAUUUUUUUGGUCAAAAAGAGUGGAGUGAAUGGAGUCCACUUAGAAAUAUUUCAGGACCUCCCGUAAAAGAAAAUUAUGAGGUUUUUCCUCGAGACAAAGUGGUACCAGUGGGUUCAAAUAUGACAUUUUGUUGUGUAGUUGGGGAACCUGUAUUAAGUGCACAAUUUGGAAAAGAAAGCUAUUCUUUUAUCCGCCUUGAUCGUAGAAGUGUUGCAAUCAAGAUCAACAAUAUAACUGUUUCUCCAAGUAGUGGAACAAAUGUGGUUUUUACAACAAAGUCAAAUUUGUAUGGAACAGUUGUAUUUGCAGGAUAUCCACCUGAUAUCCCUAGAAAGCUGAACUGUGAAACACGAGAUUUGAAAGAAAUUACAUGUAGUUGGAAUGCAGGAAGACCAACUGGAUUUUUUGGGCCUCGUGGGACAAAUUAUAUCCUCUAUGAAAGAUUUUCAGGAAGAAAUGUUACAUAUGGUAGAGCUGAAGAACACAUGAAUGCAAUUCAUCAAUUAAUCUUCCAAAUGAUAACUGGUCAGGAAAUAUAUAAUUUCACCUUGGAAGCUAACAAUCCUUUGGGUAGAUCUGAAGCAGUAAUUUUAGUUAAUAUAACUCAAAGAGUUUGUCCUCAUACUCCUUCAAAACUCAUUGCAAAGGAUAUUAAUUCAACUGCUAUUUUUCUCUAUUGGCACUUAUCUGGCAACUUUGCAAAUAUUAAUCUUUUAUGUGAAAUUGAAAUUAAUGCAACUUAUUCAGGGCAAGAAUUGCGGAACAUCACUGUUAGAGGAUUAGAAACCUCUAGUUAUCAUGUUUACAUGGAUAAAUUGAUGCCAUAUACUAUGUAUACUUUCCGAGUUCGUUGUUCUUCUGAGAACUUUUGGAAGUGGAGCAAAUGGAGUAAUGAAAAGCAUUACUUAACCACGGAAGGAAUUCCUUCAAAAGGACCAGAUAUCUGGAGAGAGUGGCGUGCUGAUGGGAAAAGUGUAAUAAUAUACUGGAAACCCUUAUCUCUUAAUGAAGCUAAUGGAAAAAUACUUUCUUAUAAUGUAUCAUAUUGGUCAGAAGAAAAAACACGAUACCUUUCUGAGAUUCCUGAUUCACAGCAUAAAGCAGAAAUAAAACUUGAUAAAAAUGAUGAUAGUGAUUACAUCAUUAGUGUUGUGGCCAAAAAUUCAGCUGGAUCAUCUCCACCUUCUAAGAUAACUAGUAUGGAAAUCCCAAAUGAAGACAUCAAAGUAGAACAAAUUGUUGGAAUAGGAAAUGGCAUAUUAUUUCACUGGAAUUAUGAUCCCAACAUGACUUGUGAUUAUGUUAUAAAAUGGUGUAACUCAACUCGAUCUGAACCCUGCCUCACUGACUGGAAAAAAUUCCCGGCAAAUAGUACUGGAGCACUUGUAGAAUAUGAUAAUUUUCGAUCUGGAACACGCUAUAACUUUUUCCUCUAUGGCUGCAAAAAUCAGAAAUAUCAAUUAUUACGUUCAAUUCUUGGAUAUACAGAAGAACUGGCUCCAAGUGUUGCACCAAAUUUUACUGUGGAAGAUACUUCUUCAGAUUCAAUAUUGGUAAAAUGGGAAGACAUUCCUGUUGAAGAUCUUAGAGGAUUUUUAAGAGGAUAUUUAUUUUACUUUGAAAAAGGGGAGAAAGGCACUUCUAAAAUCCAGGGUUUGGAAUCAGGACGUUCUGAUGUAAAAGUUAAGAAUAUUACUGACAUAACACAGAAAACAUUGAGAAUUGUCGAUCUUCAAGGAAAAACAGGCUAUCAUCUGCUCCUGCAAGCUUACACAGGUGGUGGAAUAGGUCCAGGAAAGUCCAUGUAUGUGGUUACAAAGGAAAAUUCUGAAGGAUUAAUUAUUGCCAUUCUCAUCCCUGUGGCAGUGGCUAUCUUUGUCGGAGUAGUAACCAGUAUUCUUUGUUAUCGUAAAAGAGAAUGGAUUAAAGAAACUUUCUAUCCUGAUAUUCCAAAUCCAGAAAAUAGUAAGGCAUUGCAGUUUCAUAAAAGCAUCUGUGAGGGAAGCAGCACUCUGAAAACGCUGGAAAUGAAUCCUUGCACCCCUAAUAAUGUGGAAGUGGUGGAAACAAGAUCAGUGGCUCCUAAAAUAGAGGAGGAUACUGAAAUCAAGUCUCCAGUGACUGAUGGUCCUGAAGAAGGAUCCGAUGCUGAGCCUGAAAACCAUGUGGUUGUCUCCUACUGUCCACCAAUCAUUGAGGAGGAGAUAGCAAAUGCUGGAGGGGAGGAGGCAGGAAGCUCUUCCCAAGUCAUUUAUAUUGAUAUUCAAUCAAUGUAUCAACCUCAGGCAAAACCAGAGGAAGAACUAGAAAACCACUUAGUAGGUGGAGCAGGCUAUAAGCCACAAAUGCAUCUGCCUGUUACUUCUACUAUAGAGAACAUAAUCACAGCAGAUGACUUAGAGAAAACUGCAGGUUACAGACCUCAGACAAAUGUAAAUGCUUGGAAUUUAGACUCUCCAGACUCUCCUCGGUCCAUAGACAGCAACAGUGAAAUUGCGUCCUUUGGAAGCCCAUGUUCAAUUAAUUCUCGACAGUUUUUGAUUCCCCCAAAGGAUGAAGAAUCUCCUAAAUCUUCUAAUGGAGGAUGGUCUUUUACAAAUUUUUUUCAAAACAAACCAAAUGAUUAGCAAUAGCAUCAUGUUGUGUCAGUCUACCAUCUCAAUAAGCUCUGGCUCCUGGGGUUGUAAUAGCAGCAGCACUGGUUAUUCUAGGAGGCCUCCAGUGGAGUAUAUUUUUAGUGAGAUGAACUUUACCACAUGUUAAGUUACACUGAAAGUGUUAAUGUUGUUUUACUGUAGCCUAAAAGCCAAAGUAUAGCAACUCAGUAAUUCAAUUCAUGUGAUCCAAGAUAUGGGUUUGGAUCUAUUUGUGAUUCCAGCCAAAGAAGCCUCAUUUAACUCGUGGCAUUUUAAGAUUAAUUAUUACUUAAUAGUUCAGAAAAUAUCCAAACUGUUUUACAUUCAUUAACUAAUCAAUUCUUAUUAUGUGUACGUUAUUGAAUCCCAAUCAGAACGUUUGAAAUUGCAGACAGGGGGAAAAAAGCAUGCAGAUGUUCAGAUCAACAAAGAAUUAGUUGACUGAAAUUUGUUCAAAUCUAGAUAAAAGCCAAGCACAGAUCAAGUAUCAUAAGAUCUUUUUUUUCUCUGUAAUUAAUAUAGCUUUUAAAAUGUAGCAGCAGCUAUUUUAGUUUUUUCUUUGAUAAGUAGGUCUCUGUGCCUACUCUGUAAUUGUUAAGAAAUUGUUGACUCAGGGGCACAAACUUGGAAAAUGAGUAUAACACUGACAUAUGCCACAUUUCUGAUUUAGCAGUUUCUUUUCCCCAUUAAUUUUUAACUAUUACAUGUAAUAAAGUACCUAAAUGUAUAUGCUUUAGUAAUUUACAGGACUAGGACUGCAUAUCUAAGACAUAAUGUACAAACAAGCCCAACUCUUGACGUUUAUUUUGUGAAAAUGCCAAUUUUCAUGAGUGUAUGAACAAAGUAUACACUUAAAUAUAAUGCUUCAGCAUUAACUGCACUAAUUUUCCAUUUAAAACUCUUACUAGCAAAAUUUAGCUAACUCAAUCUCUACCACUGGUGGUAACAAUUGGCAUUAGUUCUCCAUGAAGAAAUGAUUCUAUGAAUGAGCCACAAAUUAAUGUCAUUUAAUAUGAGCAUAUGAUCUAUUUCCUACUUGUAGUCUAAUGGUUACAUUUCUUAAAUAGACCAUCAAUACUACCUUUCUGAUGGAAUAAUUAUUUUUGAUGAAAAAGUAAAGAACUGAUUCUUCUUUUUUUGCUCUAAGAUAAAUCACUUGGUAGCUAUGUUAUAGUAAAUGUCAUGAACAACUACAAAUUCAGACUUAAUAUGAAUUAAUUCUAUUAAGCAUCACAUAACUAAACAACUGCCUUUAUCACCUAUAAAAAGCAUGAGUGCCCUUAUAACAAAGAAUAAUUUUAACCUCCCAAGUUUUUCAGAAACAGCUGCUUCUCUGAGAAAUGACUCUUGGAAAUUUUUCUUUCAUGUCAACCUGCAAAUUGCAAAGUGUUUUUUAAUCUGCUUUUAAGAUCUGUAUGUAUUUAGCCUUUUAAUGGCUAAGUUACAUACAAAUACUUAAAAUCCUUUGAUAACUGAUUAAGUCAAAGCAUUUUAUUUUAUUUUGAUUUAUUUGCUAUCAUAGGGAACAUUCUGUUAGUACAUUUGGACCCUUGACUAAAGCAUCCUAGUAUAUCUUGUAGAAGGUGAUAGAGCAGUUAGGAACAAAUUUCAUUUAGAGAUCAUAUUUUUAAACCCUCAUUUUAACUGAUAGGUUUCAGUUAAUAUUUAGGAUCUAGAAUGAGACUAGGGAAAGAAAUGCAGAGUUAAAAUUUACUAAGUAUAACUGUAGCAUAUUCAGACUUUGACCACAUGCAUUUUUUAAUCCCCAGGGCUAACCCUAAACAAAAUUGUGAAAUAGGUGAAUAGCACUCUCUCUGUGUCUCUGUCUGUCUCUCUCUCUUUGUGUGUCUUUCUUUCCCCUAGCAUUUCUCCCUCUCUCUUACUAUGAUUGCACUCUCAUCAUUACAUAGCUUACAAUGCAACUUAUGUACAUAAAGCAGCUUAUUUUUUCAGGGACAAGCUAUCAAUGUUUCAAGGUGAUAGUGAACUAACCUGAGCUAAUAGGGAAAUAGUACAUCCCCAAAUUUCUCCUUACCUUUGAAAUAACAGGAAUGCAUUGUUAACAGUGGUCAUCUGGAGACUUUUCUCUGUCUUCCUUGUCCUAAUUAAAGAAGUGAUACUAAUGCUGAAAAUUUUAGACCAGAUAAGAAGUAAUGUGGCAGCAUGUUGGAAUAGUUUGGAGCAGGUCAAACUUUAACUAAUUGUUACACUGGUAGAUGAUUUCAUACUACCCAUUUAUAAAUUCAAUUCAUGAUGGAAAAUUUUAAUUAUACUAGGUUUAUAUCCCUAUUAAUCAAAUAGUAUCAUACUUUGAAACAUAUUUAAAGCAUUAGCACAUUUCAGUACAAACUUUACAUUUUCAAACAAGUCUCCUUUGCAUAACAGUCAAACAAUCUAUUAGUAAUAGUUAGCAUUUAUAUAAUACUUUCAUGUAGUAGAACUUUGUUUUUUCAUUUGCUACAACCACCUUGGGAGAUGGGUGAUAUCAUUAGCCUGAUUUUUUUUUUUUUUUUUUUUUUUUUUUUACAAUUGAGGAAUUGUGUGUACUAAGUGACUUGCCCAGCAUCACAGUUACUAAGUGUCUGAAGCCACAUUUGAGUAUAGCCUCCAUGACUCCAAGCUCUGCAAUCAUUUUGGAGACUGUAAAUUGAUAAUUACUUACCAUUCAUAGAAAAAAGUAAUCAGGUUAUAACAUUUUGUCAUAAUAUAUUUCACAAAAAUAUCAAUUCAUAGUGAAUAUAAAGACCUGAUAUCAGGGUAAGGAAAACAAGGGCUCGAGUCCAUUCUCUGGCAUAUACUGGCUAUAUGACCUUGGGCAAAUCAUCUAAUCUCUCACUGUCUCCAGCCAGUUCUAUAAAACUAACAAUUGCUGGUGUGCUUUGGUAAAGGGAGUUUCAUAACCAGGAAGCUUCCCAUUCUGAUGAAAUCGCAGAUCUGAACAAAGCACAUCUCGUAUUGUGUAAAUUAUUUCACCUAUUAUAAAAUUAAAAUUAUCUUUAAAUGUAUGGCAACAAGGACAAUAAUAGCUUUCCAAUUGAUUAACACUGUGACAAGCUUUUAGUCUUUGCAAAUUAGAAACUAAAACAGGGAAAGAAAAAAGAUGAUUGUUAAUUGAAAAAAUAUACAACUUUAUAUAUAUAUAUAUAUACUAUACAUACACAGCAAGAAUUCUCAAUCUAGCUUUUAAUACUCAGGGGUUUUUUUUAUUAGUCAUUUUCUAAAGGGAAAACACAACUGGUACUGUUGGAGACUGAAGUGGAAAUCUAUAGCCUUGCAGCAUUUGUUUCAAAUUAGAUAUUUUGUUACUUUUUUCUUUCUAUAAAUUGGGGUGAUUACUCUGAAUCUGCUGCUUUCUAUUUUGAGCCAUAUUAUGAUUUGUAUAAUUCUUUUGUUUAAAAAAUAAUUUUUAUUUAUGUAGAAAUUCAGCAUUGAGCAUCAAUUUAGGACAGAAGGGCUACGUUAGUGAUGCUUGUCCUACAGCUACAGAAAGAUUAGGCACAUAGAUGCCCAAUAAAUAUAUUUGAUUGAACUUGACCUAGAGAAAAUCUUUCCAACUGGAAUAAUCUCUAGGGAUCCAUCAGUCUAGAGUAGCCAUGCAAAGCAGGUCUGUUCCAGUGUCAAUUCCAUCUGUUAUAGAAGUGGUCCCAUAUAACCAAACUGACUUCACACUCCAGAGAUCUUCUAGAUAAUUACCUGUCCCCACCUUCAUUAGAUGGAUAUCUCUGAGGAAUAAGUCUAAAUUUUUUCUGGAAGAAGGAGGGAAAAGGGUCUUUCAUUUCUCUGAAUUUGGUUUGAGUUUGAGGCACUAAAUGCAAAUAUAUAUAGUUGCUUUUUAUUUUGAGCCAUGUUAAAAUAUACCUAAUUUGUUUUAUAUAAAAAGACUUUGUAUUUUUUACACUCCAUCGUUUUGAAAAAUGAUCAAGCAUAAAUGCCACUAGAAUUGUUGCAUUUAUAGUUAUACUUUAGUGCAUAAUCUGAAUGUUUCUGUUUUGCCAUAGUGUGCACACAAUUUAAAACAUAUAUACCAUAACUAGAAAACAUUUGGGAAAGGUAUUAACUUGUACAUAUAAGCUUGGGCUAUGAUUUCUUAAUAUAGAAAACUAUUCAAUUCUGUAAAAUAUCUUCUUAAAACAUGCAUUUCGAACUGGUCAUAUUGAUUUCAUUGGAGAGCCAAUUUUGAAUUGCCAUCAAACUUUUAUUUUUUUAAUCUUUUUACAUCCGAAUUCCAUUUAUAACAUAUUGAAGAGAAAAAUAUGCUUGCUUUUUACAAACUAUAAUCUUAGGGGUUUUUUAAAAAUUAUUUUUAAAGGUGGUUUAUUCAGCUCUUUAGCUCUAUACCUGUACUAUGUUUAAGUAGUAAUCAUGAAAAAUUUAUAUUAGUGCCUUAAUUUGGUUACCCUAUUUUCAGUUAAUACCUUUGUAAUAGUUAUCAAAGAUAACUUGUUUCAUGCUGAUUAAUAAAACCUUUUUAAAAUACUACCCUUGAGAAAUUCAAACCAAUAUCCACUUUAUAGGCCAUAUGGUAUUUUAUUUCAUACAUAUAUACGUAUAUAUGUUUCAGGACAUUUGAUUUGACCAAGAUCAUUUCUGAACUCAUGUGAUAUUGUUGCAUUGUCUGUUGUGUUUAGAGCGUUUUGAUCAUAAGAACAAUAUUGGUGAUUUUUCUCUAUGUUUUGUAAUUGGUGUGAAAUAAUGCUGAUUACUGCCUUUAUUUUUGUGUCAGCUCCAUUCUUGUUGCUGCUUUCCCUUUAACCCUUCAUAGAAUUUCUGUUCAACAUACCAAAAACUUUUCUGUUAUUUUCUUGCUGUCUCUUGGGUCCCACUGUUUUUGCAUUUGUCUCGUUUUUGAUAAAUGAUUUGCCCCUUCUCUUCUGAUCAAACAUGUCCAUGAUAAUGUCUCAUGCCACUUCUUAUGGGCAUGUUAUCAUUGAUUACAUGCUGUAAUCUGUUUAUUAUGCUUACCAUGUGUCUUUCCAUUGCAUCCUUUGGAUCAGUUAUAAUUUUUAUAAUUUCCUCUAUAUAUUUGAAAUAAUACUACUUGGAAUUUAGAUAUUCACAAUUUAAAUAAAAUUUACCUAUGCAAGUCAGAUUCUGACUGCCUAAUAUUUUCAUGAGUUUAUUGCUGUGGUCUUAGAAAAACCACCCUCUAAAUUAGUCCUUUUACUGUGAAAGUGCCUAGUUGAAACAAAUGUAGUUUUUAGAAAAAUAAACUAUAAUUGAGUGAAUAUCAACCAACUAUGAAUUGGUAAUAAUUUUCAUCACUUUCCUUACUGAAAAGAGAUUAUCUUGUCAACAAAUUGAUAUGAAAGAGAUAGUUAACUGAGUUAAUCAUAUUGAUUUCUGUCUUUUAAGGAUUUUAAAAUCAGAACCAAAAUAAUUUAAACUGAAAUAGUAUAAUAUCAAUGAAAAUGAUUUGGUUAUAUUGUUGAAUUAAAGUUGUUAGUUUCAUUGUCACCUAAAUCUCCAAUUGAAUUUUAUUACAUAUUGCACAAAUGCUGGAGGUACUUCUUCUAACACCAUUUUUGAUGGGUAUCUCCUCAUUUUUAGGUCACUGUUCUAUUUGCUGAGCAUUCCAUGUUGUAUAAAAAGUUGGAUUAUUUAUUCCAUUGUGGUAAAACAUAUUGCCAUUGGCUUGUUGAAAAGGUGAAACAGUAUGUUCUGAGGAAUCAUUGAUAAUCUGAUAUUUUUUAAAAAGUAGCUAUAUUCAUGAUUUUGUUGUUGAACAUUGAAAAAGAACAUUUGAGUACUAGUUUUUAUAGAAUUUAUUUUUUUAUAUUUUCAUAGAUGCUCCCUUCCGUGUUAGUAGUUUCCCCCACUUUGAUAAUAGAUAUCCUGUACUUGUGUUCUUAAUAUAGCACAAACCAUUAGUUCUUUUUUAACUUUAUUCCCACCAACAUAAAUGCCAGAAAUGUGAAUGGCACUAAGAAUAAUGCAGUUGAAGGAAACACAUAAAAAAAGUCUAUUCAGUGUACUUUUGUGAAGAGAGAGACUACUUGACAUUUCUGUAUAUCUUGUAGUCUGUGAUUCUAUUUUUAAAAAGAAUUGAUUUUUUAAAAAUAUGUCUAAUUUGCUUCCUUAAUUUUUUUUAAAGGAAUACAAUCAACAGUAUAGCCCAAAGCUGGAGUGGAUAUUUCAAAGUAUUCAACUGUUACACUUUAGUAUGCUUAUCUAAUUCAUGGUCUUUCCAUUUCUGGAAAAGAAAUUCUAAAAAAUGCUUUUUAAACUUCUUUUCCUCUUUCUUUAAGCAAUCACAUAAAUGUGUUUGUAAAUCUAGAAAAUCAUCCCCUUUUCUCACUUCCAAAAUUGCAUUAUACUGAAUUGCUGUUUACUAAAUAUACACAUACUGUGAACAGGUUUAAGUUUUUAUGUCUUUUGUAAGGUUGUAUGUAGAAUGUGUUUCUUUUUUAAAGGGAAUGUUAAUUAUGUUUAAAAACAUUUUCAGUUUGCUACAUAUUUUAAUAAAUCAUGUUUACUAAUUUGUUUUGUAAAGAUGUUCUGAGUACAAGUUGAGAGAAGGUUGGAAAAAGCAUAAGCUUCAAAACUUUACCGUUUAUAUUUCAUGUAAAAACUAAUCCCUCAGAUUUGCCUUUAAAUCUGAUCACAUGUGAAAUAUGCAUUAUCUAAAAGUGUAUGUUUAAUAAUAAAAGAAACCUCUUUAAGAAAUCAGAACUUAAAUAUUUAGAUGCACACAAAGUAGGUUAAAGUGAUUCACCCAAUCUAGAAGCCAUGGAAUAAACCAUGAAGAACCUUUUACAUGGGAAUUUGAAAUCUUAUGUUUUCUUCUAUCAGUAAUAAACGGAUUUCUCCCUAGAACUGUUGUUACCUCAUAUAGCAUAAGAAUAGGAGAAUCUGAGUGAUUAGUAGACAAGCAUAGGGAAAUAAUGUAUACUUUAAAAGUAAGAUUUAGUAUCAUGUUGGAAAAUGUGGUUACAGCAGAGGCAUAGACUAUUAACUCAUGUAUUACUAAGACACCGUAAAUGUAAAACUAGUUUGCUUGGCUGUUAACUCUUGAAGUGUUGCUUAUGUCUGUUUUUAAAAUAUGCAUGUAUUUAACAGUUUUACCAUAGUAUUGCCAUGAAAAUAAAUAAAUAUAUUUUCUUACACUCUAAC